GGGACUACGUAGAACGCCCAAACGGAUGACGUUAUACAGCAAUGCGGGACUACAGACCAAUAGCAGGGAGAAGCUAUUGCAAAUAUCCAAUCAGAGAUACUCAGGGGCGGAGUCUACCAAUGCCUAAAGCGAGGAGGCGGGAUAAAAAAGCGAGGCCGAAGGUAGGCUGGCAGAUACGUUCGUUAGAUUACUCCUUUCUGCCCGUGGACGCCGCCGAGUAAGCAUCGUUAAAGUCUCCCCUCCCACCGCCGUCAUGUCUAAGUCAGAGUCUCCCAAAGAGCCUGAACAGCUGCGGAAGCUCUUCAUCGGAGGUUUGAGCUUUGAAACAACCGAUGAGAGUUUGAGGAGCCAUUUUGAGCAAUGGGGAACGCUUACGGACUGUGUGGUAAUGAGAGAUCCAAACACCAAGCGCUCCAGAGGCUUUGGCUUUGUCACGUAUGCCACUGUGGAGGAGGUGGAUGCAGCCAUGAACGCAAGGCCACACAAGGUGGAUGGGAGAGUUGUGGAACCAAAGAGGGCUGUCUCAAGAGAAGAUUCUCAAAGACCUGGUGCCCACUUAACUGUGAAAAAGAUUUUUGUUGGUGGCAUUAAAGAAGACACUGAAGAACAUCAUCUAAGAGAUUAUUUUGAACAGUAUGGGAAGAUUGAAGUGAUCGAGAUCAUGACCGACCGGGGCAGUGGCAAAAAGAGAGGUUUUGCUUUUGUAACAUUUGAUGACCAUGACUCUGUAGACAAGAUUGUCAUUCAAAAAUACCAUACUGUGAAUGGCCACAACUGUGAAGUAAGGAAAGCCCUAUCUAAGCAAGAGAUGGCUAGUGCUUCAUCCAGCCAAAGAGGUCGAAGUGGUUCUGGAAACUUUGGUGGUGGUCGUGGAGGUGGUUUUGGUGGGAAUGACAACUUUGGUCGUGGAGGGAACUUCAGUGGUCGAGGUGGCUUUGGUGGCAGUCGAGGUGGUGGUGGAUAUGGUGGCAGUGGGGAUGGCUAUAACGGAUUUGGUAAUGAUGGUGGUUAUGGAGGAGGCGGCCCUGGUUACUCUGGAGGAAGCAGAGGCUAUGGAAGUGGUGGACAGGGUUAUGGAAACCAGGGCAGUGGCUAUGGCGGGAGUGGCAGCUAUGACAGCUAUAACAACGGAGGAGGCGGAGGCGGCUAUGGCGGUGGUAGUGGAAGCAACUUUGGAGGUGGCGGAAGCUAUAAUGAUUUUGGCAAUUACAACAAUCAAUCCUCAAAUUUUGGACCCAUGAAAGGAGGAAAUUUUGGAGGCAGAAGCUCUGGCCCCUAUGGUGGUGGAGGCCAAUACUUUGCCAAACCACGAAACCAAGGUGGCUAUGGUGGUUCCAGCAGCAGCAGUAGCUAUGGCAGUGGCAGAAGGUUUUAAUUACUGCCAGGUGGAACCUUAACUAUUGAGGGAGUUUGCAGAUACCUCAGGAUUCGUGACAAUGCCUUUAAAGAUCCAGGAGAGAUGUUCAGCUACUAGGAACUGCUAGCAAGUAUAGCGCGAAUGGCUCCGAGCUCAGACACUCUACAGCUGAGAGUAGACACUUGUGGUAUGUGGAGUACAGAUAAGCCAGGGGCAGGCCACGGCACGCUCCAUGAAAGCUAGGAGGGAGUGAAGUUUCAGUGACCAUCGCAAGAAAGGAGGCAGACAAGAGUAAGGCACACCUGACUCUUAGGACUAGCAGUCAGAACCAGGAGGAAAGGUUUUAUUGCUAUGCUGGUAGGUAAGAACAGAUUUUACUUACAUCCAUAUAGGGUUACCUAAAAUCCGAUUUUCUGUUACAUUAUCCUUAAUAAUAUUGAGCCAAAACUAGUCCAGUUAAGCUGAACUUGGUUUUUCUGGAGAUCAAUUGUUUUAAAUUGACACCCUAGACUUGGCUCCCAAAUGAAGUGAACACUAAUUCUACUGUGACAAUAUAUUUUUGCCCUUUAAUUUUAUUUGCUACCUUCCUUUAACCCAUUUCCUUAAAACAAUGGCUCAAAGUAAUGCAUUAGAAUCUUCCCCAAAACAUGGUGGGAGGGAAGGGUGGAUCAUUAAUUUGGGGGGGGUGGGGGAUUUACCCUGAGCUGGGACUUGGUCUCAGAAAAGCUAGUUCUAAAGGUUGUUUACUUUUCUAGGGAGGAGUCUGCUACUCCAGGCUAAUCAACUCUCUUUAAAAAAAAAAAAAAAAACAAAAAAAAUCAGAAAUUCAUCUGUCCAAAUUUAUGGCUAAAAG